AUCAGCAGUGUUCCUCUGACCGCUAACAGAAAUAAACGUGUUUUGUUCUGCAACAAUCCAGUUUGCGAUUGACAAUAAUUUAUUAUCUGCGACUACAACGCAUUCGGUCACCUCUGCAAUCUCGAACAAAAGCGCAAAACAAAAAUGCGACCUAAACUAACCCUUGAACAGCUGAACGGUCUUGCAACAGCAGAAUUUCACAAAACUUUCGAAAAUGUGAUAGAAUCCUGGCCAGAGGGAGCCAUUUUUUGCUCUGCACUACUGCCGUUCAAAAGCUUCGAUGGAAUGAUCACCGCUUUCCAAAAUUAUAUUGACCGACUGCCUGCUGAUACUAAACUUAAAAUUCUUCGCCUUUAUCCGGAUCUGGCCGGAAAGUUGCUCGACAGCCAUGAGCUUACCGGAGAUUCUUCGAUCGAACAUGCCGCUGCUGGAUUGGACAAGUUAUCGACAGAGGAUAGGGCAAAGUUAACUGAAAUGAACGAAAGUUAUAAAACGAAAUUUGGAUUUCCGUUCGUCAUUUGCGUUCGCGAAGCAUCAAAGUUUGAUAUUAUUCUGCGCAGUGUAACUGAAAGAAUACAUAACACACCUGACCAGGAGCUUGAAACUGCAAUUGGGGAAGUAAAAAAAAUCUGUCGUCUACGUAUAUUGCAAUUGAUCGAUAAUUUGUAAAAUGUUUUAUUUGACUUUUAUAAAUAUUUAAUAAAAUGAUGUUCAGCUAAAUAAAACAGGACCACUUUGGAAAGCAGAGUUGGUUUG